GGUUCAAUCAGCCACACGCCACAGAGGUGGGAAGAGGUGGAGUAUUAAGUGUUUUGCAAAAGAACCUUACUGGAAUCCACACCAAGCCCAUCUUCUCAGCUUUGAAGGGCGGGGACAGAAGUUAUUCAGGCCCUGUGAUGACAGUGACCUACACAUACCGUGUAGCUGAUGCUCGCCUGGGCACCUUCUCACAGCUUCUGCUACAAUGGAAAGGCAGCAUUUACAAGCUCCUCUAUUGUGAGUUAUUAAUCUUCGUAUCACUUUACUUCGGCAUCAGCCUCAUCUACAGGUUAAUUCUGAAUGAGAGUCAAAGGCUGAUGUUUGAAAAAUUAGCCCUCUACUGCAAUAGCUAUGCUGAAUUGAUUCCUGUGUCUUUUGUGUUAGGCUUUUAUGUAACUUUAGUGGUAUCUCGCUGGUGGGGACAGUACGAAAAUAUCCCAUGGCCUGACCGCAUUAUGAAUCUGGUUUCAAGUGGCGUGGAUGGGAAGGAUGAGUAUGGGCGUCUUCUGCGACGCACACUGAUGCGCUACAUUAAUCUACUGAGUGUGCUGAUCUUGCGUUCAGUCAGCACUGCAGUCUUCAAGCGAUUUCCCAGCAUGGAACAUAUAGUGACAGCAGGCCUGAUGACACCAGAAGAGCACAAGAAGUUUGAGAGUUUAAAUUCAGCCCAUAACAAGUUUUGGAUCCCAUGUGUCUGGUUCUCAAACUUGGCAGUGAAGGCACGUAAUGAUGGGCGAAUCCGUGACAGUGUACUCCUCCAAGGCAUUUUGAAUGAAAUGAACACAUUGCGUACCCAGUGUGGGCGUCUUUAUGGAUAUGAUUGGAUUAGUAUUCCCUUGGUCUACACACAGGUUGUCACAGUAGCUGUUUACAGCUUUUUCCUUGCAUGUUUAAUUGGUCGGCAGUUCCUGGAUCCAGCCAAAGAGUACCCUGGCCACGAAAUGGACCUCUAUGUGCCCAUUUUCACAUUCUUGCAGUUUUUCUUCUAUGCUGGCUGGCUAAAGGUAGCAGAACAGCUCAUCAAUCCAUUUGGGGAGGAUGAUGACGAUUUUGAAACCAACUGGCUUAUUGAUAGGAAUCUGCAGGUCUCUCUUAUGGCUGUGGAUGAAAUGCACCAGGACUUACCAACACUGCAGAAGGAUCCAUAUUGGAAUGAAUCAGACCCCCAGCCCCCUUAUACUGCAGCAACAGCAGAAUGUAAGAGGACAUCAUUCCUUGGAUCAACUUUCGAUAUCAGCAUGCAGAAAGAAGAGAUGGAAUUCCAACCCCUGGAAAAGAUCAAAGAGAAUGAGGAAGCAAACUACUCAACACCAUUGUUGGGGCACAUAAGCCGCUUCCUGAAUGCACAGUCCCCCAGUUUUACCAGAUCACCAAGAAUGAGCCUGAUACGUCGGAGGAAUGAAAAUGUCUCUCCUUCUCCUUAUUAUGCUUACAUGGAUGGAGUUAAGCCUGGGAACCUCCAAAGUAUUAACCAGCUAAGGGGAGACAGCUCCCCAUUAGGCCUCAGUUCUCAAGAUCAGUGGGACACUGCUGCCAGUAAACUGAGAGAAUUUGAUGCUUUCACAUCAAGCCCUUUCUAUGAAAGACCUGGAUUCUACAGUGCUCCUCAGACACCCAUCAGCUCAGUCCCAGUGAUCCUGCCAUCCCACCGUCAAAACCGAAAAAAACCUCCUGCUCUCUCCAAUAUUGCUGCUUGUCCCACUUUUCUGAAGGAUAAUACUACCAGCCAGUCUCCUUGCAAAGCCAGUGAUCUGGAUAGAAGUGAGAACUUGGUUGGCUCAAAAUCAAAGGAGUCUUUUCCGUGGCCAGCUGAAAAAAGCCAUGUUUCAGAUUCAUUAAUGAUGUCAGUUAAAGAAGACACAAAAAAUAAAAGUUGGUCAAAAGAAACAUCUCCUCUCGGAAGCCCGGAAGAACCUUUGUCCUCAGGGGACUCUGUAAGUACCAAGUUCCCUUUCGUGGAGUGCAUGGGCCCUGAGAUACAAACCAGUGUAAAAAGCUUGAAUAACCUGAAAACCCACCAGCAACUUCCAGAUAGUGCUUCUCCAGACCAUUCCAGUUUCCUUUAUACCCAUAAUAUCAAGACUCCUAAUAGCAAUGGCCCUGCUACUUUCUUUCCCUUCACUUCUUUGACUCCCCCGGGGCUUGAGCCAUCUCACUGGAGCAAAGGAAAUGCUGCUGUUGUCCCUGGUUCAGAAGCUUCUCCUGGAGUUACAAAGCAAGAUAGCUCAGCUGUUUCUGAAGCUGCAAACAACCCAGGAAGUAUUUAUUACACUGAGGAACAGAGAAAGACCACCAGCUCUUCUCCUAAUGACUCUGGCAUCUCUCUAGCAGAAAGAGACUUUGUGGGAUUAAUGGAAGUGAUCAUGGAAAUAAGUGAGAACACAAGUGAUGAAGGGAAGGGAGAGAAGGGACAGUUCAAUUAAGUAGGCUCAGAGUCUUUUCAUGUCGAUGCGGUAGGAGAGAUUUUUUUAUUAUUUUUGAACAUUAUUAUUCAACUUUUUAAUGGUAGCGAAAGCCCACACUACAGACUACAAAACAAGUGGAAAUCAGUGUUAGGCUGGACAGCUCAAUCCAUAAAUGCAUUGGCUUUUAUGGAUUUAACUUCCACUAACAAGGAGGUUAAGGGCCACUCAUAGAAUUUCCGCAUCACACAACUAAGAAAAUAAUUCUAAUUUCAGCAGAGUUACUUUAGUUCCACAUUUAAUCUUUUGUUUGCUAUUUUGUCUGAAAGUACCAAAGAAUGGGACCUUGCAGCCAGUGUUGCAAAUGCACAUCCCACUCCAAGGAGAAACAAUUUAACUGGGAUAAAACAUAUACCUAGUUGUAUGAUCAUUGCCCAAGGACGCAGUGACUUCUUUUCCCCAUCCUCCAAAUAUCAUACUUACAAAGGGGAUAUUUUUUCUUGUGAAUAUUACCGGCCCACUUAGUAAACUAUGUUUAUUAGAUCCUAGAGGGAUUUCAUUACAAAGAUGUAGGACAGUGGUUCUCAACCUGUGGGUCGGGACCCCAUUUGGGGUCGAAUGACCAUUUCACGGGGGUCGCCAAACAACGCAGUCUGCCAUUUUCCCCCUUUUCCUUAGCUGU